AUGUUUGAUGACGAUCUGGCGGGCGACCGAUCCUUUGCAAUUUGCAAAGAUUUGCUGGCCAAGUUUCCUCCAAAUUCUAUGAAGAUGAAGCAGCCGUUCUGUAUGCAACCUUGGGAUUCUUCUCCAGAGAUUGUCAAGAAACUGUUCAAGAGACCGCUAAACCCUUUAACAUGGACAGAAAUACUGCGUCAAGUACUGGUUGCCGCUGGUUUUGGUUCAAAGCAAGGUGCAAUGCGAAGGGAUGCCCUUAGCAAGGGGCGAAAAUUAAGAGGUUAUCAACUAAACAACAUGGCAUGCCCAGGCCAACCUGGGUCCAUGCAGGACAUAUGA